GUAUCUCUGGUCUUUCUCAUAAGCGGGUUGGUCAUUCUCGGCUACGCCUCAUCAAUCAGUCGGCAGAACACAUAUCAUGAUGUGGUACGAGAGGUGUGUGGACAGAGGAUUGGCCAUCUGUGUGAGAUCUGCUUUGUUUUCAACCUCUUCAUGAUCUCUGUGGCCUUUUUGGUGGUAGUGCAGGAUCAACUGGAUAAGCUGUGUCUGUCUCUGUAUGAGACAGUGACGGGAAAUACAGAAGGAGAGAUGCCAUAUCACUGGUACACAGAUCACCGUUUUGCCCUCUUUGUCAUGUGCCUCAUUAUCAUCCUUCCACUCUCUAUACCCAAAGAGAUCGGCAUCCAGAAAUACACCAGUGUAUUGGGAACUUUGGCUGCUACAUACCUGAGUGUAGCCGUAAUCGCAAAGUAUUAUCUAAAAGAUGAGCACACAGCAGACCUCACACCAGAGCACAGUCAAGGACUGGACUCGUGGGCCUCCAUCUUCAGUGUGGUUCCUACUAUCUGUUUUGGUUUCCAGUGUCACGAAGCUUGUAUUGCUAUUUACAGCAGCAUGGAAAACAAAAAGAUUACACAUUGGGUUUUCAUCUCAGUCACUUCUAUGAUUUUCUGUCUGCUUAUUUAUACUCUCACGGGUGUGUUUGGUUUUCUCACAUUUGGACGGGAAGUAGCCUCAGAUAUCUUGAUGUCAUAUCCUGGAAAUGAUGUAGUGAUGAUUAUUGCUAGGCUGCUGUUUGGUAUUUCGAUCAUCACCAUCUAUCCUAUAAUACUGCUGCUGGGAAGGUCAGUGAUUCUAACACAGAUAUUGCGCUUUUGGGAACAACGGGCCAUAAUUACAUCUGUGUUUGAGAGUCGGUGCCGUCUGAUUCUAACAAUUCUCUGGAUCACUGUGACUCUCCUCAUCGCCAUAUAUGUACCAGAUAUGAGUGAGGUCAUCAGCGUAAUCGGGGGAAUUAGUGCCUUCUUUAUAUUUAUUUUUCCUGGGCUGUGCCUCAUUUUUGCCAUGCAGACAGAACCUAUAAAUCACAGGAUGAGGUGAGUAACAUCUU